GGCGGCGGCGGCGGCGGCGGCGGCGGCGGCGGCGGCAGCAGGCGGCAGGCGGCGAGCACCCGGCCUCCUGCUUCUCGCUCCGAGGCUGCGGGACGGACGCUCCCGGGAACUCCCUCGCCCGCGGCCGGCCGCGUUCGGACGGCGCUCGCCGGCGGCCGGGCGGUCCCAGCAUGUCGGCCGCCGUGGCGUGCCUGGACUACUUCGCCGCCGAGUGCCUGGUGUCCAUGUCCGCGGGCGCCGUGGUUCACCGCCGCCCGCCGGACCCCGAGGGCGCGGGUGGAGCCGCAGGCUCGGAGGUGGGUGCGGCGCCGCCGGAGUCCGCUCUGCCGGGUCCGGGGCCACCGGGGCCCGCGUCGGUCCCCCCGCUCCCGCAGGUCCCCGCCCCCAGCCCCGGCGCGGGCGGCGCCGCGCCCCACCUGCUGGCUGCAAGCGUCUGGGCGGACUUGCGCGGCAGCUCUGGCGAGGGCUCCUGGGAGAACUCGGGGGAAGCUCCACGCGCCUCGUCCGGCUUCUCCGACCCGAUCCCGUGCUCCGUCCAGACCCCGUGCUCCGAGCUGGCUCCCGCCUCCGGCGCCGCGGCGGUCUGCGCUCCCGAGAGCUCCUCCGAUGCGCCCGCCGUCCCAAGCGCGCCUGCUGCCCCGGGCGCACCAGCAGCCUCUGGUGGGUUCUCCGGAGGGGCCCUAGGGGCAGGCCCCGCCCCCGCCGCGGAUCAGGUGCCCCGGAGGAGGCCUGUCACACCUGCUGCCAAGCGCCACCAAUGCCCCUUCCCGGGCUGCACCAAAGCCUAUUACAAGUCGUCGCACCUCAAGUCCCACCAGCGCACCCACACGGGUGAGCGCCCUUUCUCCUGCGACUGGCUCGACUGCGACAAGAAGUUUACGCGUUCCGACGAGCUGGCCCGCCACUACAGGACGCACACGGGCGAGAAGCGCUUCUCCUGCCCCCUCUGCCCCAAGCAGUUCUCCCGGAGCGACCACCUGACCAAGCAUGCUCGCCGCCACCCAACCUAUCAUCCAGAUAUGAUCGAGUACCGGGGACGUCGUCGAACUCCCCGCAUCGACCCGCCACUCACCAGCGAGGUGGAAAGCUCCGCCUCCGGCUCCGGUCCCGGCCCGGCGCCCAGCUUCACCACCUGCCUGUAGGACAGUCAUUGCUGUCAGUCUUACCCUCAAGGAUGAUCCCCCAGGCCGUUGUCCCUGCUUUCUCUCUGCCCAUCCUUCUUUCCCAGAGUCAUUACACCAAGGCACAGACUGGUUCCUCUGCUCUGAGGGUGGGUCCAGGCAGACAUGUGGACUCUGGGGAGGUACUGGGGGCCGGAAAAUAGCGGGAAUUCUUGCAACGUGUAUAUCAUCCUAAAAGUGGGGGUUGCCUCAAGACAGCCCCCAGGAACUGAUAAGAAGGGAUGAACUCCCGUACUCUCCAGAGUACUGAAGAUUCUCCCCUCCCUGGAACCAGGGAUGUGAAACUGGAAUUCUCAGAUGCCUGAGGAGCUCCCAGUCUCAAAGGACUCUGGUGUCUCACCCAUCCACCAGGGCGGACCUUGGAGAGGGUGUCAGGGGUGGCAGUCUUGGAAAUGUCCAGGACUGGGAUGGUGAGAGGCCUUUGGAAACAGAAAUUAUUUCUAUUUCUGUAAA